AAAGGUCCUGAAUAGAUUACUUCGGGUCACGUUUGACAAUGCAGAUUGUAGAGUUUACCAGAGGUCACGAAACUGGGUUUGAUUUUUAGCGAUUCUACGUAUACUGUACAGUGGGGAAUCGUUAAACAACAUGGCAGAUUCAUCCGAUAUUCAGGAUUCUUUAAAACACCAAUAUCGAAGCAUGAAACUGGAAGACUUGAAAGCAUUAAUGGAUGAUUCAAAUAUUUCCAAAAAUCAGAAGAAAAAAAUAAAUAAACAAAUAAAGUGGUUGCAAAAUGUUCAAGAUAGAAGAGAGAGACGUAAAGAGAAGAAGAAAGAAAAGGCUUUCAAACGCAAAAUCAAAACUGAUGAUACACCUGAUCACUCUAGUGAUACAGCAAAUCAUGCUAGUAAAUUCAAAAAGGCCAGAAAGGAAAAAAUAACUACAAAUGAUAACUUUGAAAAACAUGUUCAUGUUGCUGUUGAUUUGUCGUUCGAUGAUUACAUGACAAAUCUUGAUUUAUCAAAAUUGCGAAAACAAGUUUCUUGGUGUUAUAAAGAGAAUAGAAGAUCCACCCAUCCUGUGCAGUAUCACAUCUGUGGAUUGACGGAAAGGAUGAAGGAAGGCAUGGAUCAGUCUUAUGUUAAUUGGGAUGUUCACUUUGAUGACAAUAUUUAUAAACGAUUCAGUAAGGCAGACAUGGUAUAUUUAACAUCUGACUCUCCUAAUGUUAUAUCAGAAAUAAAAGCGGGAAGAGUAUAUGUUAUAGGUGGUCUCGUGGACCAUAACAAACACAAGGGUUUGACCAAUAAGUUAGCUAUUGAAAAUGGUUUAGAAACUGGACGUUUGCCACUUGAGGAACAUAUUGACAUGAAAACAAGAAAAGUUCUGACAGUAAACCAUGUGUUUGACAUUAUUGUAGCAUACUGUGAGCUUGAAGACUGGAAGUCAGCUUUGCUCAGAGCGAUUCCAAGUCGGAAGGGUGCUGUAGCUCUCAAGGAUAAUGAUGGUGAUAUAGCUUGAUGGAAUGUAUCAUCUAUCCUACGAUCAGAGUUCUUCCAGAGUAAAAUGAUUGCUCUUCGUGGAGAAUAUUGCAUGAAUGCUUACCUGAAUUGGAAAGAGGGGGCUGUGUUACUCAUAAAUGUAUCAAAAUGCAUACCUUCUUAACUGCUGAGAAGAUUACUGGGAAAAAUCAACCUUGGAAAUCAUACUUUGAAAAAUCAACCUUUGGAAUUAACCUUUUAAUAAAACAUAUGCAAGAUAUAAUGUGUACAACUCAUGUAGCUGAUUUAAUUUGUUCAGGCCAGAGGUUCUGAAUAUUUUCCAGAGCACAGAACCUUCCUAUCAUUUUUUUUGUCGUUUCAUUGCUAUGCUAAACUGUUCGUAUUUGAACUGA